GGCACACGACGAUUAGCGUGAGAUUAGCCGAAACUAUCGGGUUUAAAUGUUCUGCGCUGAGGUACACGAACAGCACAAAUCCGUGUAAGAGUCGGUAAAGUGUGUGAGGGCCAUGAUUAGCGCGAGACGGCGGUUUUAAAGACGAUCACAGAGUUUAUUCGUCGAGAUUGGUCGUUGUGAUGGAUCGCGGCGGGUGUCAGAUGAGCGGCGGCGGCGGAGGGGAGAUGAUCACACUGGAGGAUCUGGAGUCCGUGUCGGAGGAGCAGCUGUCGGACAGUCCUGAGGAGGAAGAGGAGGAGGAGGAGCAGCAGGACAGACUCCUGCGAUACUGGAGAGACGUGGCGCGCGGACACCAGGUGGAGGUGCCCACAGACAUGGCAGAACCGAUCCAGCAGAUCACCUCUAAUAAUGACGGCACACACAUGCGCGAGGCUCCGUUCACGCUCAUCACACGCAAGGAGAAGUGUGGUGAGGUGUUGUAUGAGAAGCGGCACUAUGAGAAGGCGCACUGGGCGUGUAUCACCAUUCAUGAGGACACGUAUGAACAGAGCAUCUGCUACGGCUUCAUGAAGAUCAUGAGAUAUAUCUGUCAACAGAACACUGCAGGGAGUUAUCUGGGCAUGACGAUCCCCAUCGUGACGGUGGUGGGUACAGAUGAGAUGCACACAACACUGUCCCGAGCGGUCACUGUAGCGUAUUACCUGCCCAUUCCACACCAGAGCGACCCGCCAGCGCCGCACGACUCCGAGAUCGCCAUCGAAGCAGUGGCCGCUACUGUCGUCUACACCAGGGCGUUCACUGGCACUACUAACGAGCUGUCGAUCAUUCGUGAGGUCCACAGUCUGGCGGAGGUUCUAGAUUCACCAUCCGUCUGCGUCAACGACUCCUUCAUCGUGGCUGGAUACACAAACCCGGCGGCGGCCAAUCGACAGAACGAGAUCUGGUUCCUGGAGAGACUGUGAGCUGCUGAUCCUACAGACCCCCCCUGUCACAUCACACAAUAAAACAGCCGAGAUCUUCACAUGACCUUUGACCCACUGUUCAGCACUGUUGUGAUAGUGCUGAGGUUAGAGGCGGUUUAGAGAUCAGACUGCUUUAAUGUUUAGUAGCCUUUGUUCACACUGCACAUAAAUCCGUUUGCUCAGACAGUGAGCUGUAUCAGUUGCCAUGGUAACUAAAGGACUUCAGCAUUAGGAUGGAAAACAUACAUCAUCUCGCCGUACUAGCGUCAAAGGCAUUAAUGUAUGAACCAGGGUUCCCACGGUCAUUAAUAUAACUCUGCACUAAUACUGCAACUCUUAAAACACUUGAGCACUGAAACUUCCUCUGAAUGUAAAUCUGAAUGAACACUCUCAAUGUAAAAUGCAGAGAAGACAGAAACAUCUGGUAAUAUUGCCAUUAAAGUCGCAAAAUCUAUCCAAAAAAAAGAAGUCCUUGUUUCCAGACAUCACAAACUACUAUUCAUUGCUCAUAAAGAGCGGGAACCCGAACGAACACCCACGCUAGCGUCUGAAACCGCUCACUUGUUCACUCGUUCACUACAUAGUGAACACCACGUGUGUGUAAACGAGUGAAUUCAGACACAGCUGUAGACACUAAUGUGCAUUACGUUAUUAAACAAUAAAUAUGUAUCAUAUUUAUUGAUUAAAUACAUGGAUUUGUUCAUUAUUAAAAAGCUCAAAUGUGACCGAUAUGAUGAAAAAUGAAUGAAAUAUAAUUAGUCAAAUGAAUAUUUUCCUAUUGCACCUCGUUAGAAGGUCCCCUGUGUAUUAAACAGCAUUAGCGGAGACUUUAUAACUGAAAUAUGCACGUAGUGAAUCGACAGCUUGUGAACUGAACCGAUUGAUCCCAGCUCUACAUUACGGUCACGUCGUGAACAAAACCACUUCAAAUCCAGUCGGACCGUUCAGAGUAAACACAUGAACACAAAUCUGAAUGUAACUGGACCUGAAAGCACACAUGAGUGUCUGAUACACAUUAAACUGGAUUUCUGCUGCUGUCUGAACAAAGCCUUACUGUCAAUCACAAUCUGAUGAGUAACACCGAUCAUAAGCUACUCAAACACAAACAGUGUGAAAUCUGAUGCUGUAUGACAAUCAUAAAGUCAAACUCUUCUUCUGUAUGUUGUGUGUCCUCCUACUGUAAGACAGACAGACACCUGUCUCUCUCUCUCUCGUGUGUCAGUGCUCAUAAGGCAACAACACUUCAUAUAAUACAGAAAACACAAAUAUAUAUUCUGUCAUAGUGCUAUUUUUGUUACAUUUUGUUUGAAUGAAUCAGUAUUUCCUGUCUGUAGCUCCAAACUAUUAUGAUAAAUAAAAACAACUGAAUUAACCUCAUGUUCAACACAAUGCCAGCAGGUGCACACACACACACACACACACACACACUCACUCUCUCUCUCUCUCACACACACACACACACACACACACACACACACACA